AUGGAACGCUACUCAGAGUGGUCAUUUACGGAGACGUUGUCGCUGGACGAGGUGGAGAUCCGCGAGCGCCAGAAGGUAGACAUGGACGGUGAAGUUUGCAUCGUGCCCUACGCACACGCGAUCCAGGGCCGCGAGACGACUAAGAUCACAUACAAGACGAUCCGUAAAGUUUGCACUUAUCUGGGCGUUCGCUACUAUAAGAACCAGCCAAAAAAUGUGAUGUUGGAGAUCAUCGCCCAGAAGAAGCUCAAGGGUCAAGUGCCUGAGAGCUACAGGAAGAAGCGGAAAGUGAUCGAGAGAGCGCGACCUGUUUGCCAGGAUGAGAACAGGAAUGAGAAUCGAAACCCUACAGCGGAAACUCAUGCACUGACUAUCAGUGUCAAGCGCCAACGGGUAGAGACAGACGGGUCCAUUGCCCCUGGACAUAGAAACGAGAACGUCGACCGAGAGUCAGCAGAGGAGACAACAGAGGAGGCUCCUCCACACUCCAUCGAUGCCAAUGAACGGAUGGAUACAGAUGAGUCGAGUACUACGAUCCCCGUUAUUACCACUAGUAGUAAUGCUACCAAUACGUUCUUGCAGCCGUUGAUACUGGCCGAGGCGGAUCGACGUGAGCUGUCUGCCGACAAUGGAUCCGGGAUCCCAACGACCCCGGUGGGACCGGAACCUCCUCGAAUCUACGUGGAAAUGUCGCUCACCGACCGAGUUGACACGUUCAACUUGCUGCGGCACAUUCGUCAGCAGAUCCAACAUGUCGAAGACGAGAUCGCCAGUGCAAGCAACGCGACGCAGAUCUCAACUAUCAAGACGCAACGUCUGACUGAAGAUCUACAUUUCUAUCUCGCUGAGCGACGAUCGCUCAUCCAGCAACUCGAAAACUCGAGAUACAUGUGAAAGCGUACUACGUCUAAAAUGUGUAGCCAUUUAGCUAUAGUUCUUCUUACCACCUAAAUGUGAGU